GUCACUUGUCACUAGUCCGUAAUUACGGGACUGCAGGUCACCUACCAAGCACGGGCUAGGUGGCUGGCUUGUACCGUAUCACACAGCCUGCGCCUGCUUGGCCCCUUGCAAUGUUGGCUGUUGCCACUUUUGCCACACAGAUCUCUAUAAGAAAAACCCCAGCUGAAACCCGAAGACGGCACACGACAAAAUCACCAACCACCGCAGUCACCAGUCACCACCAGGUGCCGAGAAGAAAUGGCCACUCCCGCGCCUGCGGCCAACGCCGACGGCGCUGCUCCGGGCGGCGUGGACAGCCGCAGCGGCUACUGCGAGGUGACCAGGACGUUCCGUAGCCUGCGCCCGCCGGUGCCGCUGCCGCCGCCGGACGCGCCGGUCUCGUUUCCGGAGUUCGCCUUCUCGCGCCUGACGUCGUCCCCGCUCCCCGCGCACCCGGCUCUCCUCGACGCCGCCACCGGCGAGGUCCUAUCGUUCCCGGAGUUCCUGUCCCAGGUGCGCGCGCUCGCGGGGGCGCUUCGCUCCGUGGUCCGGCUCGGCCGCGGCGACGUCGCGUUCAUCCUCGCGCCGACGCGGCUGGACAUCCCGGUGCUCUACUUUGCGCUGCUCUCGUUCGGCGCCGUCGUGUCGCCGGUAAACCCCACGCUCACCGCGGACGAGGUCGCGCGCCUCGUGGCGCUGUCGGGCGCGUCCGUCGCCUUCGCCGUGUCGGCGACCACCGCAAAGCUGCCGGCUGGCCUCCCCACCAUCCUCCUCGACUCGGACCGCUUCCGCUCCUUUCUGCAGAGGCAGAACGACGGCCGUGGGGAGGAGGGACUGGCGGAGGUGCGGCAGUCGGACACGGCGGUGAUCCAGUACUCGUCGGGGACAACAGGGCGGGUGAAGGCCGCGGCGCUGCCGCACCGGAGCUUCGUCGCGAUGGUGGCAGGAGCCCACGCUGUGCUCGGGAAACCGAGGCACGGUCGCGAGAGGACGCUGCUGGGCGCGCCCAUGUUCCACUCGCUGGGGUUCUACUCCGCGCUGAAGGGUGUGGCGCUGGGGCACACGACGGUGGUGGUGACCGACGCGGUGGCGCGGCGCGGCGUGAAGGGGGUGGUCGAGGCGGCGGAGAGGUGGGCGGUCGCUGAGAUGACGGCGUCGCCACCGGUGGUGGUGGCCAUGGCCAAGGAGCGGUGCCGCCUGGAGGCACUGGAGCGCGUGGUGUGUGGCGGCGCGCCGCUGCCGAGGACGGCAGCCGACAGUUUCCGACGACGGUUCCCCAACGUGGAUCUAUGCAUGGGCUACGGUUCAACUGAGGCUGGUGGCAUAUCGCUGAUGAUCAGCCGGGAGGAGUGCGCCCGCAUCGGUUCCGCCGGCCGUGUCUCGGAGAACGUGGAGGUGAAGAUCGUGGACCACGUCACCGGCAAUGCCCUGUCCGUGGGCCAAAAAGGGGAGCUUCUCGUGAGAGGGCCUGCCGUCAUGACUGGAUAUGUUGGCGACGAGGAGGCCAACGCUAGUAGUUUUGACUCUGAAGGAUGGCUUAGGACUGGGGACCUUUGCUACAUUGAUCAGGACGGCUUCUUGUUCGUGGUGGACAGGCUGAAAGAGCUCAUCAAGUACAAGGGCUAUCAGAGCUGGAGCUUGUCCUGCAGUCUUUGCCGGAAGUUAUCGAUGCCGCAGUCAUGCCGUAUCCUCAUGAGGAGGCAGGGCAGAUACCGGUGGCGCUUGUGGUCAGGCAGCCUGGUAGCAAGGUCACGGAGGCUCAAGUCAUAGACCACGUCGCAAAGAGGGUGGCCCCUUACAAGAAGAUCCGCAAGGUGCUCUUCGUCGACUCCAUACCCAAGUCUCCGGCUGGCAAGAUACUGAGAAGGCAGCUGACCAACCAUGUGCAAGCUGGGGCUGUCUCUAGAAUGUAAUUCUUCUUUAUUUACUUGCAUGUGUGCAUGAGACAGAGAUUGUGUGCAAAGAGAAUUAGAGCACGAUUUUUGAAUUGAAAGAAUAAUACUGAUGACAUGCUGUGGAAUUCGAUCUAUCGACAUAGAGAAGUAAAAUCUGGGCCAAAGAGCAUGAACAGUGUUA